AUGAAUUAUGGUUAGAAAAGCUUGAGCCUCAUCCAAAUUUACAAUCCUUGGUUGUGGAAAGUUUCAUGGGUGUGAGAUUUUCAAGUUGGUUGCCUUCUAUCACAAAUUUAGUAGAUAUUACCCUUAGGGGUUGUCUAAAAUUGAAGCAGCUACCACCGUUGCACCAACUCCCUUUUCUAAAAACCCUUUGUCUCGAACGCCUUGAUUCUCUAGAGUAUAUAUCAGAUGAGGAGCCUUCCUUUUUGGCAUCGCCAUCAAUUACAUUUUUCCCAUCGCUGCGAGAGAUUGUACUCACAAAUUGUUUUAAUUUGAGAGGAUGGUGGAGGAAGGAGAGAAGGAGUGGGGUUGAACUUGCUCAAUUUCCUCGUCUUUCAAAAAUGGAAAUCUUUGGCUGCGAUAAGCUUAUUCUAGAUGAUGGUGAAGCCAUUGAAUGGGGAAGUUUCAGGAGUCUUCAAUCUCUUUCUAUUAGAUUUCUUUCAGAAUUGAAAUCUCUAUCAAAGGGGCUUCAACUUGUUACAAACCUGCAAGAGCUCAUCAUCUAUGGUUGUUAUAGUUUGAUGGCUUUACCAGAUUGGAUAGGCAACCUAACAUCACUUCAACAGCUAGAAAUUUCCGAUUGCCCUAAUUUGAGAUCGCUGCCUGAGGGAAUGCAUUUACUGACUUCUUUACAGAAGUUGAGGAUUGCAAGAUGCCGCAAAUUGUCUGCAAGAUGUAUGAAGGAAAAGGGUGUGGAUUGGCCAAAGAUUGCUCACAUCCCUAAUCUCGAGAUUCAACCUCCAGAGGAAUAUUCUCAAUCUCGCUUGUAUGGAGAGACAGAUUCAGAGGAAAGUGUGAUAUAGAGGAUCUCCAGUUUGAAAUUUAUCACAAAAAAUAU